AUGGAGAAUCGGCUAGUGACGACUAGUAGUAUGCAUGAGACUAGCCUCGGCGGCUAUUCCAGUGGCCUGGUGCUGUUGACCUGUUGGCUGGAUCAAGGGACUGGCCCUUGUAAGAAACCUGCAUUCGAGAGCCACACCGAGGACGAUAAUGUACGACAUAGUAAAUAUUGUCACUUGGCAUAUCCAACUCUAGACGAAAUCAACAAAAUGUACCGCGAGAAUAUAUAA